CAGUGAGCAGCUGUGAUUAAACCGUCAUGGACACGAGCGGACCACGGCGGAGUUGAAUCGGGACGACUCGGACGUUGCCAAAAACAAAGACACGAACACCCCUCUUAUUCUCAUCGGAAUAUAACGGAUUCAGACAAAGUAGUGCGGCUCGUUUUUUUGCGUGUUUGGAAUAUGGCCAAUAGAAGAACUCCAACAACAUGACAGCCUCGCGCAGUCCCCGCGCUGGAGAAACUCUUGCUCGCGCGCUUCAUGAAGAGUCUCGAGGCCACAGAGCCGCCAGAUGUGCUGCUGUUAACCGCUGACACAGCACAGCGAGACAACAGCAGCCUGACGACACUCGACACUUUCUUUUUAACGUUUCCCCCGUGUGAACGACAUGACAUCGCGCUAAAGGAGAUGGUAUAAUCAGCGACUGACCUGUUUGAGGAGCAGCUGGGCGAGCUGCCCGACUAGCAAGUGAGGCUAAUCUCGGUGUGUUAGCGGCUAAUUAGCGUACUAGCGCAGCGCGAGACGACCGAGAUACUCCAACGGCUCUGACAGGACAGAGAGGCGGACACUUUCAUACUCUUUGAAACUGCAUUUUUUUAAUCUAUUGAUUUUUAAACACAUUAUCAGCUAUUUGACAUGUCCAAAAGUCUUACUGGCCCGUAAAUGUGGUAGAGUUUAGUUAUUUUUUUUGUGUGUGCGCGCGCGCCGUGAGAACGGUUAAAGUUGUGUGGUUGUUCCCGGAGCUGGGAGCGCGCGGGGCCGAUGCGGAGCAGCGCGCGCGGCGGCCGCAGGCAUGCAGCACGACUUCAGCUACAGCGAGGAGAACAGCGCGAGAUGGCGAGGCCUGUUCGUGCAGGCGUUGCGAAAGGUGCAGUUACAAGUGCAUCCAAACCUGUCUGCUAAAGAAGACGCCCUUCAGCACAUUGAGGUGCUCAUACUUCAGCUCCUGAACAAGCUGUGUGUCACACAGCCCAGAACUAUAGCUGAUGUUGAGGAGCGUGUCCAAAAGACGUUCCCGAAUCCCAUUGAUAAAUGGGCCAUGGCAGACGCUCAGGCUGCGAUAGAGAAACGCAAACGAAGGAACCCACUGCUGCUGCCAGUCGAUAAGAUACAUCCAUUACUGAAGGAGGUGCUGGGCUAUAAGAUUGACUAUCAUGUGUGUCUCUAUAUCGUUGCUGUUUUGGAGUACAUUUCAGCUGACAUUCUCAAGCUGGCUGGAAACUAUGUGAGCAACAUUCGACAUUACGAGAUCAGCCAGCAGGACAUCACUGUUUCCAUGUGUGCUGACAAGGUGUUAAUGGAUAUGUUUGAUCAGGAAGAGGAGAUGGGAUUGGUGUCUCAGGGUGUAGAGGAGGUAUCUUCCUCUGGUGAGCUCACAUAUGAUGACUUGGUGCGUCUGGAGAUUGCUGAGGAGCGCCAGUAUCUGCGGGAACUCGAUCUCAUCAUUAAAGUAUUCCGCCAGGCUUUUAUGUCCAAUGGCAAACUUUUCUCUGCUCAGGAUGUGGAGCUGGCGUUCAGCAAUAUUCUGGAAGUUCACGAGUUGACGGCGAAGCUGUUGGGUCUGAUCGAGGAUGCCGUAGAAAUGACAGCUGAUGGUAGUCCACAUCCCCUUGUGGGCAGCUGCUUCGAGGACCUCGCUGAGGAGCAGGCAUUUGAUCCUUAUGAGACACUCUCUCAGGACAUCCUCUCCAAAGAAUUCUGUCAGCAUUUCAACACUCUGAUGUCCCGCCCAACUGUUGCUCUGCACUUUCAGUCGAUAGCAGAGGGUUUCAAGGAGGCAGUGCAGUAUGUGCUUCCUCAAUUGAUGAUGGUUCCAGUUUACCACUGUAUGCACUACUUUGAACUGUUACAGCAAUUACAGGAGCGAAGUGAGGACCAGGAUGACAGGGAGUGUUUAAAACAGUCUCAAACUGCACUGCUCAACCUACAGAGCAGCAUAGAACGCAUUUAUGCUAAACACCAACCACGGCGCAAACAAGGGGAACCCCUAUAUCGGUUAUAUAGUCGUGCAUCUCGUAGCAAGCAGGCAGCUAUAAAGCGUAUGAAUGACAUCCAGAGGAGUAUUGAUGGCUGGGAGGGCAGAGACAUUGGCCAGUGCUGCAGCCAGUUCAUCCUGGAAGGGGCACUCUUACGGGCCGGUGCCAAGCACGAACGACACAACUUCCUGUUUGAUGGCCUUGUGAUCAGCUGCAAAGCCAAUCAGAGCUCCCGGUUGCCGGGGGCGGGUAGUGGGGCAGAGUUUCGUCUAAAAGAGAAGUUUGUGUUGCGUAAAUAUCGCAUCGUAGACCGCGAGGAUUCGCCAGAGUUUCGUCACGCAUUUGAGCUGUUGGGGCGUGAGGACAGCGGUGCCGUGUUCUGUGCCCGUUCAGCGGAAGAGAAGACCGCGUGGAUGGCUGCGCUGGUCACUCUGCAGUAUCGUCCCACUCUUGACCGCAUGCUUGACACUGUCCUGCUCCGUGAGGAACAGGCACAACCACUGAGGUUGCCGUCACUGGACAUCUACAGAUUUGCCAUUCAGGAUUCUGAAGAAAACAUUGUGUUUGAAGAGGGAGCACAGAGCAAGACUGGAAUCCCCAUUAUAAAAGCUGGAACAGUUGUCAAGCUUAUUGAAAGACUGACGUACCACAUGUACGCAGACCCAAAUUUUGUACGUACAUUUCUGACUACAUAUCGCUCCUUCUGUAAACCACAAGACCUGCUCACACUACUGAUAGAAAGGAUAGAGAUUCCAGAGCCCGAGCCAUCAGAGGCGGACCGAGAGGCACUCUGGAAUGGAGAGCAGCCAAUGGCAGCUGAGCUCCAGAGAUUUCGCAGAGAAUAUGUUCAGCCUGUCCAACUCAGGGUUCUGAAUGUUUUCCGUCAGUGGGUGGAACAUCACUUUUAUGAUUUUGAGAAUGAUCCUGAACUCCUUCGCAGACUUGAAGAAUACCUCACCAGCACCACACAGCUUAGAGGUAAAUCUAUGCGUAAGUGGGUGGAGUCUAUCAGUAAGAUCAUGAGGCGGAAGAUACAAACUCAGUCUAAUGGCAUCAGUCACAACAUCACAUUUGAGAGCCCGCCUCCUCUUAUUGAAUGGCACAUCAGCCGCCCUGGGCAGGUCGACACCUUUGACCUCAUGACCCUUCAUCCCAUUGAAAUUGCUCGUCAAUUAACACUGCUAGAGUCUGAUCUGUACAGAGCCGUUCGCCCAUCUGAGCUGGUAGGUAGCGUUUGGACAAAGGAAGACAAAGAGAAGAAUUCUCCCAACCUGCUGAGAAUGAUCAGACACACCACCAACCUCACACUUUGGUUCGAAAAAUGUAUAGUGGAGGCAGAAAAUGUGGACGAGAGGGUUGCUGUAUUCUCUCGUAUUAUUGAGAUUCUGCAGGUGUUUCAGGAGCUCAAUAACUUUAAUGGAGUUUUGGAGAUUGUAAGCGCCAUCAACUCCGUACCGGUGUAUCGCCUGGACCACACCUUUGAGGCCGUACCGGAGAGGAAGAGGAAAAUUCUAGAGGAAGCCGUUGAGCUCAGUCAGGAUCAUUUUAAAAAAUACCUCGCCAAGCUCAAAUCCAUCAACCCACCUUGUGUACCUUUUUUUGGUAUCUACCUUACUAACAUUCUGAAAACUGAGGAAGGAAAUCCAGAUUUCUUAAAGCGCGAUGGAAAAGAGCUGAUUAAUUUCAGCAAGAGACGCAAAGUAGCAGAAAUCACUGGAGAAAUCCAGCAAUACCAGAACCAACCCUACUGCCUCAAAGUAGAACAUGAUAUUAAGAGAUUUUUUGAAAAUUUGAAUCCAAUGGGAAACAUGAGUGAGAAGGAAUUUUCUGACUACCUGUUCAACAAGUCUCUAGAGAUUGAACCACGGAACUGCAAACAGCCACCUAGAUUUCCCAGAAAGACUACAUAUUCUCUGAAGUCUCCUGGUGUUCGGCCGGUACGGCAGGCAGCAGGAGGGGGAGGAACACUGAAGGGUCACCCAGUGCCAUUAGAAAGAGAACCACCCCACAAAAUCACCUUCAGAAGCAUCGCAGAGACCGAACCAGAGACCCCUGCUUCUCUUCCCACCUCUCCUAACACACCCACCCCUCCACAGUCUGCCAGCUCAGACCUCAACUCUGUCUUCAUGGAGCAGGAUCUGAGCAGCUCCUAUGGUAAUAACACCAUAUUUGCCCCAGUUUUGCUGCCCCAGUCCAGGUUUCAGUCUGUAUCGUGUGGUAGUUUACACCAGUUGAGUGAUGAGCUUCUUAAACCCCCUCCACUACCCCCCCGCAGGAAAGACACCUCUUCAGAGUCUAAGUUGAGUUCCAGGUCUGAAAGUCCUCCUGCCAUUCCACCACGACUGCCUCCUCCUCCUCGCUUGCAGCCCCGUGUUCCAGUGAUAAACGGACCGACAGAUGGGCCACUGCCGAGCCCCCCUCCCCCUCCUCCACGCGAUCCCCUGCCCGACACACCUCCGCCAGUUCCACAACGCCCGCCCGAGAUCUUCAUCAACUACCCUGUGAAUCUGCAGCCAUCUCCAGUGGGCCGUUUCCACUGGGAUUUCAUCAGCUGUCCCGGCACUCCCAAUACCCCACCCAGCACCCCAUCUCCCCGCGCGCCGCCCCCUGGCACGCCUUCUCCACGAGUGCCUCGCCGCUCCUGCACACCUAGCGUCAGUCAGCCCAUUCUGUGUCAUCUGCCCCCACCCAUACCACCGCGGCACAACUCCACCUCCGCGCUGCCAAAACUGCCACCCAAGACUUAUAAGAGAGAACUCUCUCAAUCAACACACACUCUUUCACAGCCAUCUUUACACACUCUCUCACUAGUAGACAAUAGGGACAGCAAUGAAUAAAAGGAGGAAAAUCCCACCUUAAAAUGGAAAGUGUGUUUUAACAACAUUUAUCCUGGAACCAGACAAUCUGAGCAUACUAGAAACCUGAAGACGGUCAUCCUCACAAGGAAUGUGAUUAUGAUUUAUUUUUCACUUGCUACUAGAAAAUCACUCAAGUCAUGUUCAGCUUGCAGAGCAAAAAAGAUCAUGUAGCACAGAAAUUGAUGGAAAUGCUGUUCUGAGGCCUUUUACACUGUCAGACUCUGCUGAGGAUGUUUGUAUGGUUGCAAGAGUGUUUUGGCUUGUUGCGUGUCCAAGCUAACCAGGGUCUUACCUGAAUGCCCACAGCAAGCCUCUCUUCAGUUGCCUUUAACUCACAGCCUUGACUUGACCAGAGAUUGUACCCUUCAGGUGAACACUCUGACAUUUUUGUGAGAUCUUUUUCCUCACACUAUUUAAUGCCAAUAUGAUGUCUUAACCCCACCCCUCCAAGGCAAUCUCACGUAUUCAUGAUUUGUCACAAGCCCCGCCCCUUUACCGAUACUUAUAAUGACCCACAGACUCUCAAUGUGCCUUCAAUGUCAGUACUGAACAAAACAACUAAACAUCUCUACAAGUGUCUGAAAACCAUUCGCCUUGACCAUGCUUAGGACAAAUGUCAUUAUGCAUGCGUGCGUGUGCUACUAAGUAUUCUGUACAAAGUAACAUAUCUGCCCUCGGGUUAAACCGUCACAUCCCACUUAGGCGUUGUGGUGGCCCAGUAGCUGUGUUGCUGACAUAUCUACUGACAAUCUCAAACUGAGACCCAUCGGAUUCACAAACUGUUGUAGAGUGUAUGGUGUGGAUCAGUGUAAAGUUUGUGUGUCUUAAUAGUGUGCGGUGAGUGUUUAGGGCCUUUUUGCACUUUAGGGCAGUACUGUUACAGAGAAGCAGAGGACUCAAACUCACAAUCCUGUGACUUUAUGACCCUGUCCUGCUCUCCCCAGUCCUCUGGGCUGGUCAGUUCAACUGUCAGACUGUGUCCCAAACUUGUAGCUUAGAGCACCCCAGCAGGACUCAUGAACUUUGUUUAAAGCAUUGCUGUGCUGUUUGGGAAACAGUGCUGCUUCAGUCAGAAUGUUCAGUUGUAGUCAUGCCUCCUACUCUCAUUCAGGUCCUCUCCAUCAACUAAACCAUGUCUAUACAGGACAGGACUUCCUACAGAAGUGACCACGGAAACAAGUUAAAGUUCAAUCUACAACAUUUGUGGCAUAAUGCUGAUUACCGAAAAAUAAAAUUGACUUGCCUGCAAAAAUUUGUGUUACAGGGAGGCACUUAAAAUGGAAGUAAAUGGGGCCAAUCUGGAAACGUUAAAAUGCUCACCAUUUCAAAAGUAUAGCCACAAGAAGUAAACAAUAUGCUUGUUAACAUGAUUUUAAUUUGAUAAAAUCACUUAUCUAAUUUUUUUCUGUGUAAAAUUAUAUCCAAUUUUACAAUUUUGUUGCCAUGAUAACAAAAUGCUGUAAACCAUAGAACGACAGAAAAAAGAUUUAAACAACUUUACAGCUCAGAUAAUACACAAUUUCUAAUAGAAGAAUUAAUGCAAGUGCUUUUAUAAAAUUUCAAGCUUCACAUUUAUAUAUUUAAACCUUCCAAAAAUUGGCCCCAUUCACUUCUAUUGUAAGUGCCUCACUGUAACCUGGAUAUAAAAAAAUUUUCAUUUAAGGAAGAAUUAGUCCAAACUGAUUUUUGUGGUAAUCAACAUUAUCUCACAAUUGCUGUCAAUUGAGCUUAACUUGCAUUGAACACAGAAUAUUCAUUUAUUUGGUUGGUCAAUUGGUUGGUUUUAAGUGUUAGCAAUUCCCCAAAACUCACUGUGUGUGUGUGUGUGUGUGUGUGUGUGUGUGUGUGUGUGUGUGUGUGUGUGUGUGUGUGUGUGUGUGUGUGUGUGUGUGUGUGUGUGUGUGUGUGUGUGUGUGUGUGUGUGUGUGUGUGUGUGUGUGUGUGUGAGUGCGCAUUCAAGGCCUGUAACUGCUUUUGUACCAUGUUCUCCGUGAGACUCAUUAAUAAACACAGUCUUAUUUUCUACUGAA